ACCUUCAUCAUGAGCUUGACCAUCUGCGUUCUGCUAGCGUUGCUGCUUGCCAGUGCCGUUGUGGGUGUGCCUGAGUGCGGUGCUGGCAGUGUGGCCGUUCCGAAGGAUAUCGAAACGUUUGAGUGUUUAACCGUGGAAGAGCUGCAGCAUCUAAGGGAGCUUGAAAGAGGCAAACGGUUCGAUGCGGAAGCUAGCACACGUUUCAUGCUGUGGACACAGAACUCGACUGCAGAAGCUCAAGAAGAGCUUAAAUUUAACGAUCUCGCAGCGUUGCGGAACUCGUCGUUUGAUCCACGAAAUCCUACCCGUAUUCUCAUACACGGAUGGCUCAACGAUUACACGUCGAGUGCGGUUCGUGGACUUUCUAGUGCGUAUGUCGCGAAAGGUGCGUACAACGUUAUCGGCAUCGACUGGUCAGCUGGUGCGAUGAACAUCCUCUAUCCGAUUGCACAAAUGCGGGUGGGGGCGGUAGCUGAUGCGAUAGCGAAACAGAUAGCCGUACUGCGAGCAGCAGGCCAGCAUCCAUCGCAGAUUGUGCUCGUUGGCCAUAGCCUGGGGGCACACGUCGCAGGGUUGACGGGCAAACACUUCCAAACCGCACCGAAACUAGCGGCCAUCAUUGCACUCGAUCCCGCAGGACCAUUCUUCUCAGCGGACAAUACGGCGAAACGUGUCGAUGCGCUCGAUGCAGAGUACGUGGAGGUUAUACACACCAACAAGGGCUGGUAUGGACAUUCGCACGCCCUAGGGCAGGCCGAUUUCUAUCCCAACGGUGGCAAGUCACAACCCGGCUGCAUAACGAAUGCCUGCAACCAUCAUAAAGCGGUCGAGUACUUCCGCCAAUCGUUGACGAGCGGAGAACCGAUGUACGUCGGGAAGCGGUGUGAGGCGGACGCGGUCAGCAAUAAGUGUGACGGGGACCGUGCGGUCAUGGGCGGCGAUCUGAGCGAUAGCUACAAAGCGAAGAUGAGCGGCUUGUUUUAUCUCACGAUCGGUAAAUAAAUGACAGAC